AUGCGAGCCAGUGGAAGGAUCGACGACACGACGUGUGUGCCAUACAGCGCACGUCGACCGAUCAUUCUGUGUCACGAUGAGGCACUGGCGGAGAUGAUCGUGCAGCAUCACCACGAGAGGAUGUGCCACCAAAACACGGAGGCAACCAUCGGAGCGAUCCGGCAGAAGUUCUGGAUUACGAACUUACGGAGGCUGCUACGAAGGGUGGUGAGCAAAUACAAUGUUUGCAAGCUGCGAAGGGCACGACCUACUCAGCCCGAGAUGGGUCCCCUAUCAGAGGACCGGCUGGAAGCCAACGGAUGGCCCUUUAAGUUCACCGGAUUGGACUAUUUUGGACCGCUAUUUGUGACGGUUGGACGACGCACGGAGAAGAGGUGGGUGGCACUGUUUACAUGUCUAACCACCAGAGCUAUGGAGAUGGUUAAUGAUUUGUCCACCGAUUCCUGCAUAAUCGCCAUGAGGAACUUUAUGUGCCGACGUGAACCCGUCGUCAGGAUUAGGAGCGACAAUGGAAAGAACUUCGAUGGAGCCGACCGCGAAGCCAGGAGGUUCAGCGAAGUGAUCGAGCCUGCACAGAUCCAGGGCGAGCUGUCGUCCAAAGGAGUCGAAUGAAUCUUCAAUUGCCCGGCGAACCCAGCUGAGGGUGGCGCCUGGGAAAGGAUGAUGCAGUGCGUGAAGAAGGUGCUGGCGCACACGAUUAAAGAACUUGCGCCCAAGGUGCACGUACUGAAGAACCUGCUGAUUGAGGCGGAGAGCAUAGUGAACUCUCGAACGAAAAAAAGUGUAAACAGAGAGAAACAAUUUGGCGGAAUUAGACCGAUUUGCGCCAUCACAAUAAGAGGGAAGAGAAACUGCGAAUAAAACCAUCAACAAACACAGAACUGAACUGUUGUCCAGCACUAGAGUGUUUAAAGUGUGUAAAGGCAUUCCCUGUGAUCGGCCAAGCGGCGACACUUCAUCAUCAGAAGAAAUUUAAUAAAAACGAACAGGAACACGAUCCAUACACCUAUACCUUGUAAAGGGUACCGAACACGCACGGAAACUUAAGUACACAAAAAAUAAACGGAUUUACCUGAACAGUUGUUUACUUGGCUGAAAUGCGACAAUUAUAAGACACAUAAGAAGCCAAAUUCGAUCCGUCCAGUCG